GUGAACCUCACCGUCCGAGUUGUCGGUGACGAUCUUUACGCGCCCGGAUCCCCCACUUCCCUCCCCAUGCGCCGACCGUGGUCUCCCAGCUCAGAUCCCUCUGUCGAGGCAGUGGACUUCUCCGAUUACCAGCGCGCCAUCACCAACAACUCUCCUUACGACAACAGGCAGUACACCGGCCGAUCUCACGAACCUUACGACCCGCGAUACGAUAACGAGUACUCUAACGACAAUAUUCACGACUAUGCUAGUGGGAGGGGAUACACAAAUGGCAUUGACUAUCCUACUGGCAAUGACUUCACGAACGUGGUGUCACCCGUGCCCCGACACGCACCUGCUCCCUUUUCCCCUCCGCUCUCCCCGCCUGCGAUGACGGUGGCUAGCCACUCGAGUGCGGAUAGCUACGGUGGCAUGUCAUCUUUUGCUGCUGCAAGCAAUUCCUCUGUUCCCCCAGGCGCCGCCCCUCGCCAGCACUAUGCCGAUCCCUUCACCUCUACCAAUCCUUACAACCGCGAAUCCUACAGACCUUCUUCCGCCGAGCUCGACAUCACGAAUGUUGGAAGAAGGCCCUUCUCCCGUCCUCCCGAACCCGCACACACCACACAUUACUACCCAGAAAGCGACUACGCUCCCCCUUCACCCUACCGCUCCAAUCGCUCGCAUGCGUCACAUCCUUCCUCGAGGCGCGGCACGUAUGACUACAACGAUCCUUUCGCGUCUCGUCCCUCGCUCGCCGGAUCCCAAACGUCGAGGAAUACCGUCAGUAACCCAUUCGAUCCGGCUGCUACUAUCAAGCACGGUGGCAAACAGCGCAAGUUUAAGGGAGAGGGACCGUAUGGGAAUCUGGACUCUCCAGGGUCGUAUGGGUAUGACGACCCUUUCUCUACACCGUCAUACGGCCCACCAUCGUACGGGCAUGAGCCGUAUAUUGGCGCAAGGUCGUACGGUGGCGAGCCUGUGUUGCCCUGGGGCCCUGACGAUGACGCCGACCGCGCAACCAUCACCGACGAAGUCAAGGAAGAGCGCGUUCGUAUGCUCGAAGAGCGCUUCUCUUCCAAACCCUCUCCAACCUUCCGCCCUGACCCCGACGACGCCGGCGAGUACCGCGACCCUAGCACUGGUGCUCUCAUCGUAGGCACCGCAGAUCGCCAGGGCGACCUCGUCACGCAGGGUCCUCGCAAGCGGCUUGCCGUGCGCAUUCUGCAGGUGCUGUUCGCCAUCGGUGCCGCGAUUCCGGCGAUUUGGGCCGCAUUGUUUGUGCAUCCGAAGAAAGAUCCUUCGCUGAAGGGCAGCACGGCGAGCUAUGUGCUGUAUGUGUGGGGUGCAAUUGGGUUUGUGUUGAUCCUUGCCGUCUACUUCAUCCACCCGUGUAUGCGGCGGCGCAAGUUUGCGAAGGCGAGGGGCGCGAGUGUGGGUGGGCUGGCGAAUACGGGCAUGAUGGUGCUGCCCGUCAUGCAGCCGGGCGGGAAGAAGAAGGACAAGGGGAUGAAGAGGAAGAAAGGACGAGGACCACCAUCCGGCGACGUGCAAGUCAACCUAAUCGUCGACCCCGCAAUGUUCGGCCGCGGAAGGGACGAGGAAGAGGAGUCCGAAGAGGAGGAGCCGCGCCGAGAACGGAGAGGCGGCGGGCCGCCGGGUGGCUGGGACGGCGAUAGCAGCUCGGCGGGCUUUCGGAAGGAUGAGGAAUGGGGUGCGGCACCGCCUAGCAAGAAGAAGCGGAAACCCCGACGGUCGGUUAUGGCCUCGCUCGCAGCCGAGAAACACUGGGAACGAGCAAGGUCUUACACUCAUAAACUCAUAUGGGUCGAUGGCGCGAUGCUUGUCGUCUACUUCGCCGUCUUCAUCUUUUCCGCCAUUGGUGGUUCAUGUACAGCUGGCGACGACGGAAAGACGUGGUGUACCGCGUACGACGCGAGUCGAGCAUGCGCGUGCAUAACAGCCCUAUCCUUCGGCAUCACCAUAUUCUUCGGGGUGAAGGAUCUCGCUGCGAGCAAGACCAGUCCUCGACAACGGGGUGUAUAACGCAUGGGGGUGUCAACAUGUGUAUGUGCAUACCGGGCGGAUGGUUGCGUAUCGCAUCUGAGGGGCUACCACAUACUUACGAAACGUACGACGCGCUCUCCGAUAUGGAGAGUAUGACCGGACCCUCGAACCUUGCUUCAUCUAUCGCACUGGCGUGCCACAAAUGUGUUGUACUGCGCAUGCGCAUGGACACUGUGCUACUGUUGUGCUACUUCCUACCUUACGCGUGUUGUCCAGUACAUGAACAUCUUUAUUGCUAAUAACGCAAGUAGGUUUGAAGGACUACACAAGGGCGUUGUUUGUGGCAACCGCUGCCGAGUGGCAACGUAGUACUUUCUGGAGUCUCUGAAAA